UAUAUACCACACAGCUUCAACAACAACAACUCAAAGAAGAAGAAGAAGAAGAAGAAGAAGAGAAGAGUUUGAGAGAGAUUAUUAGAUUUGUGUAGAGUUUGUACAAAAGUGUGCAAUGCCCUUACCCUUUGAAGAGUUUCAAGGGAAAGUGAUUUCUUAUUUCUCUUCUUCUUUUUACGAAAAAGAGGAGGAGCUUCUUCUUCUUCCCUUCUCCUCGGAGCCCACCUCUGUUCUCAGCCCCCUCACUACCUCCUCCUCCACGGUGUCUUCUUCUCACGGCGGUCACAGCGCCGUCGGGGCCGCCAUCUCCGGCGACGCCACCACCGAUGAGCAAUGCGGUCGGAUGGGACUGCCCGGGGAUUGGGAACAAGCGCUUCCGGGCGACCAGGACCAGGACCAGAGCAUCCUCAGGCUCAUCAUGGGAGGAGAUUCCCAAGAAGAUCCGUCCCUCGAAUUGAACAACAUUCUCCAGACUUGUUCCUCCUCCUCCUCCCAGUCUCCCGCCUUUCACCACCAUUCCGCCGAUUACACGUCCCUCGGCUUCGGUCUCGUCGAUACCGGGUUCGGCUUAGACCACUCGUUGUUUUCCGAGGAGGAGAAGCCGCCGCCGCCUCCUCCCCCGCUCCUAAUCCACCAGAGCCAGGCUCAUUUCACUCAGAGCCCGGCCAUCUUCUACGGCCAGCAUCCUCCUCCGGCGAAGCGGCUCAACCAAGGCCCUCCCGUGAGCAAACAGGGGGUGAUAACCGAACAGCUGCUCAAGGCGGCGGAGGUGAUAGAGAGCGGCGGCGACACGUGUCUGGCUCAGGGGAUAUUGGCGCGGCUCAAUCAACAGCUCUCUUCUCCCGUAGGAGGAAAUAAGCCUUUCGAGAGAGCAGCUUUCUACUUCAAAGAGGCUCUCCACAAUCUCCUCCUCCACAACAACAACAACAACAACAACGCCUCACAAACCUUAAACCCUUACUCCCUCAUCUUCAAGAUCGCCGCCUACAAAUCCUUCUCCGAGAUCUCUCCCGUUCUCCAGUUCACCAACUUCACCUCCAAUCAAGCCCUCCUCGAGUCCUUCCAAGGAUUUUAUCGCCUCCACAUCGUCGAUUUCGACAUCGGCUACGGUGGCCAAUGGGCCUCCCUCAUGCAGGAGCUCGUCCUCCGCGACAAUAACAACAAAGGUCCUCCCCUCUCCCUCAAAAUCACCGUCUUCGCUUCUCCGGCCUCCCACGACGACCAGCUCGAACUCGGCUUCACUCAGGACAACCUCAAGCACUUGGCCUCCGAGAUCAACAUCUCCCUCGACAUCCAAGUUCUUAGCUUUGACCUCCUCGCCUCUGUCUCCUGGCCCCACUCCUCCGACAAAGAAGCCGUCGCCGUCAAUCUCUCCGCCGCAUCCUUCUCUGACAUGCCUUCGCACCUCCCUCUUCUCCUCCGUUUCGUCAAGCACCUCUCUCCGACCAUCAUCGUCUGCUCCGACAGAGGAUGCGAGAGGACGGAUCUGCCCUUCCCGCAGCAGCUCCUCCACUCCCUGCACUCCCACGCCGCCCUCCUCGAAUCACUCGACGCCGUCAACGCCAACCUCGACGCUCUGCAGAAGAUCGAGAGGUUUCUCAUACAGCCCGAGAUUGAGAAGCUGGUCUCGAAUCGUAGCCGCCCGAUCGAGAGACCGAUGAUGACGUGGCAAGCCAUGCUCCUGCAGAUGGGGUUCUCGCCGGUGACGCACAGCAACUUCACCGAGUCUCAGGCAGAGUGUUUGGUUCAACGGACGCCGGUGAGAGGCUUUCACGUCGAGAAGAAACAUAACUCUCUUCUUCUCUGUUGGCAAAGGACUGAACUCGUCGGAGUUUCCGCCUGGAGAUGUCGCUCCUGACUCCGCCGGAGAUAUUUCUCACAACCUGCUUCUUCUUUCUUCUUUCUUUUUUUUUAUAUGAUUAUUAUUUAAAAAUAGUAUAUUCUUAAUUGUUAAAUUUAUUACCGAAUGACAUAUUUUCACAUACUUUUGCUCGGUCUCAGUGCGAUUUAUUUUAAUUUGGCAUUUUUUAUACGUUC